CAUGAUUUCGAAAUUAUUUACAAGGAACAUCACAAAAGUUUCAAGAGUGUCUGAAGGGCAAAGAAGACUGUUCUGAACAGCCCAGAAAGCUACAUCUCAACCUGAAAGCUCACCUGAGUAUAUUGAAAAGAAGACAAAGAGUGGCGAUAUAAUAAGACUCUCGAAUAAACAUCCUUAUGAGAAAGAAGAAGUGUUUGAUGAAAUUUUAGCUCCUUCAAACUCUGUUCGCUCUCUAGGUUUCAACUCAGACCUAUUCAACUCCUUUGAUAAGUACAGCUGAAAUCUCAAGAAUGAGAUUGACUUAAUGGAAGCCCAUGAGAAAACAUUUAACAGGCAUGUGAGUUUCUAAACUUUAUAGGCCAAGGCUAGGAUUGUUAAUGAACAAAGUAUAUAUUCCAAAGAUUACCACAAAGUUUGUAGCUCCCUUCUUGUACAACGACGGUGAGAACCCUCAGCAACUUAUGUACAGUGGAAGACCGGAAAAUAGGGUCUUUACGUCUCGAUAUAAAAAUAACAAAUAUAUUUUGGGAAUUCAGACAAAUUUCGGAAAUAUUAGUUUAUCGCUUGUUAAUAAAGAAGCUAAAGUAGCAUCAUAUACAGAGAGUCGAAUGUUUAAUCACAAAAACACCUUCUCAAAGGUCUCAAGAGAUAACUUGAUGGAAUGGACUGAAGAAACCUUACAGAAAUGUUUGAAGGAAGUUUUAAAAAGCUCUGGCUUAAAUUACUCCAAAAUUCAAGCCAUCGUAGUCAAUCUCGGGCCAGGAGAGGAUCAUAUCCUUGGUCAAGGACUCCAGUUAGCUAAAUAAAUUGGGAUCAAAGCAUUCUCUACCUGUGUAUGGAGUGAACAGUCAUGAAGCUCAUAUAUUCUCUAACAGGAUGGACUCUUUAAAGGAAGGAAAACCAAGUAUGAGGCUACCAUACUUUAAUGUAGUUGCCUCAAACAACUUGACCCAGCUUGCAUACACUAAAGAUGUAGGAAAACACAGGAUCUUCGGUACAACAAUUGAUAUUGGUCUCGGCAACUGACUUGACAAGAUUUAUGUCAAAGGAUUCAGGGCAUAUCCAGAAUUUGCUAAGGUGUUAAAUAACAAAGAACUACAAGAAGAGUACCUCAACUACUGUCUAAAGAACGGCAUUAGGGUCACUCCAAAUGAUUUUGAUUUCUUAAAGAAUGAAGACCCAUACGGUGGCCAAUUCAUCGAAAAUUUAGCAAAAUUGGGAAAUCCUUUUGAAUUUAAGUACACUGUCCCAAUGCAGAAAGAUAAUUCAACAGAUCUUUCUUACACAGGUUUCUGGACUUCCGUACUAGCGUCGAUAAGGCAUAAGAGAGAUAUGUUCAAAGCACCUGAGAAUACAGACCAGAUUUCGGUACUCUGUGAUAUUGCUGCAUCUGCACAACACAUCGCGUUUAGGCAAGUUGAUCUGAAGACCAGAAGAGCCUUGGAGUUAGUGAAAAAGAUGAAACUACCCAUCAAUACUCUCAAUCUCUGUGGAGGUUGCUCAGUUAAUUCAAAGCUACAAGAUGUGAUGAAGGAAGUGGCCAAGGAUUACCAAAUGAGUCUAAGAGUCCCUUCGAAGAAGUUUGGAUCGGAUAAUGCAACCAUGAUAGCCUGGAUGGGGUGGGAAUACAUCAAUUCUAGAAAUCCUAUCAAUAUUAAUGAUAGGAAUAUCCACCCUCUCAACAACAUCCCUCUGGGCAAUUAUAUUGAUUAUAUGGGGUCCUCCUUCAAAGGUGUUGGGAGAGUCAAGAAAUUUGGCUCAAAAUGGCAAAGAGAGCUAGCAGGUGAUAGAUAAAUAUUAUUUCCAAUGCGAA